AUGGCUCCAGCCCCGUCCGCCCAAGACUCGUCUUCUGCGCCGUUGGCCGACUAUUUCUUCAUAUGCGGCGUCGAGUCCCAGCAGGUCUACGACGAGCGCGCCCAGCCAAACGGCGUCCAGGCCCUGCCCGUCGACGUCGAUGCCACAAUUGAAGAGGACAAGGCCCUGGAGACGGAUUCCACCACUCGCCCGACCUCGCAGGAUGGCUUCCCCAAUGGCGACGCCGCGAACCGCCGAUCCGCCCGUCUAAGCUUUGAGCCUCGCAAGUCCAUUGGCAGCAUCAUUGGCCCCGACGCGAAGGGCUCAGCCAGCAACAGGAGCAGCACGACCAUCAAGGGCGUGCAGACGGGCUCAGGCCUCAGCGAUGCCGACUUCGAGCAGGCCCUCCGCAAGUUUGCGUCCGAGCGGGACACGUUCCUCGAGGAGAUUCAGUAUAAUGCCGGCGCUGUUGCGCAGCAGAACCGGCCCUCGAAGCCACGGCCAAAACCACAACGUAUCGUGAAUGAAGACGUGGGGAACUUGAGGUCUGGCGUGGGCAGCAUACGGAGGCGCAUCUCGACCAUGAGCAGCCUCAAGAGACAGCCUUCAAUGGCCCGUCAAGCCUCAGUUCGGACUUCGAAGCGAUUGAGUGGCUACAACUCAGUCAUCCCCGCCCCGCAGCCCUUCCAAACCGCCCCCGAUAUGCAUCCACUUCUGCGGAGUUACGAGCCUGUGCUAUUGGAUCGAUACCCGCCAAAGAACAUGGUGGAAGAGCUGCGAAGACGCAAUCCCUUCCCGGACUACGUGCCCAUGUUUGCUUUUCCAAACGACGUCAAAGUCAUGUCCUCCGAUGAGCGACCAAGAGCAACUUGGCAUGGAUUUGCAAUGACCAACGGGGAUAAUUCCAAGCUGCAUGGCAUAUGCCUAAUAACAUGGCUACCUCUAAACGCCAAAGCGGCCGAAGGACUGGAGCGCCAAUGCGAGGAUUGGCGGAGAGCAAAUAUGAACACAGAGGAGCGGGAGCUGGCCAGCAGCCUUGGGGAACGACUAGCUGGAGAGAGGGCAAAAUUGUCCCGACUACUAGCUUUAUUGCCUAGCGUGGCGUCCGGAUCCGAUGAGCGAGAUCAGCUGGAAGACGACAUCAGCGCUGUGGAAGAGAAAAUUGGCCUGAUGACGGAUCUGUUGCGACCAGUUAGGCACGCCGCUGCCUCUAAAAUCGAAGGACUUACCGAUGGAGAGACCGGCCUGUGGAUACCUCGAGCUUACGGAGUCCUUGGAAGAGACGGUGGCAUGACGAGCUUUUGGAAAGAGUGGCUGAAAGCGGUCGUGGUCCCAAUGACCAAUGGAGGAGUGCUCCGAGUGCCUGCAAGCUCACCCAAGAUUGGCAUGUGGCAGCCUCUGGAGCGAUACGUCGUCAACCUUUGUGCUGAAGCGCUGAGUCCGAUAACCUCGAUUACUCAGGUAGAGAUUGCGGUCCGAGAACUUCGCCUUUACGCACGAAAGGAGGCUGUCAACGAAUUGCCCGGGUCCCGGAACACCGAUCUUUACGCUCUUUUUAGGUCACUCUCGAUUCCGAACGUCGUCACCCUGUUUGAAUAUGUCCUGACAGAGGCAAGGAUCAUCCUCCUGUCAGAUCACACUGCCAUGCUUCAUCUCGCCAGCGCAGCCUUGGCUAAUCUCCUAUAUCCUCUGAAGUGGGCUGGCGUUUUCAUCCCUGUGCUUCCAGCUCGUCUCGUACAAACUCUAGAAGCGCCAUGUCCGUACAUCGUGGGUAUAGAGCGCAGAUACGAGCCUGCCGACUACCCUGAGGAUGAGUACGUUCUUGUGGAUCUGGAUCACGACUCUGUAGGAAGCAACUUUGGCCCUCCAAUCUCUCUACCUCGUCAGCAGAGACGGAAGCUUGUUUCGUUGCUUCAACUAGCUGCACCUCAUCACAACCGAUACGGCGUACCUGUAGGACCUCCUGCAUAUGCUCAAGAGGCUUUCCCUUACGACGCCUUCUCUUCAGAGAAUCCAACUGUCUUCACCCAUAAACCCGCCCCAUCCACCCUAGCGACUUACGCUGGACUAAAUUCCACGUCCUUUGGAACCAACCAGCCUUCCGGUGCUCAACCUAUGAUAUUUAAUGCUUUCCUACAGUCUAGGAACGAUCACAGCCGUGGCAAUGAAAGGCCAUCCACAGCGUCGACGAUGAAGACAAACUCCCCCCCUUCUCCAAGAAUAUCGCCAAUUUCUACGGCAUUCCCGCCUAUGCCCACCACUCCAAUUUCUAGAAGCGAUUCUGCAUAUGCUCUCCAAGCAAAUUUACGAGAAAAGCGAUCAGGACAUUUCGAGACCUCAUCAAGGCGGAGCUCCUCGUUUGGGUUUGAGCGGGUACCAACUCUUCGACGCCCUAGUCAGCCAUUCCUUGGGCACGCUCCGAGCGCUUCGACAUCGACGCUGAGCCACGAGAUCCGGGCUCCGUCAUCGUACGCCCCGUCUGUAUACGCCCAGUCAACCCUAGCCGCUUCUACCAUUAUGCCUGGGAUGCUCAUGCAGCCCGUUCGGAACACUGAAACUGUGCGUUGGGUCGAAGGGCAUUGUCUGCACUGGCGGCCACGUGAUGAGAAGGCGACUUGCUCAGUGUGCGAUGAGAAAUCGGACGAGGGAAUUUACAGGUGUACAGGCUGCAGUGCUUGCGCCCACGGCCGAUGCGCUAAUCAAAUUGCUGUGGUCUGUCCUUCGGCGUUUCGCGCGGACCAGGUUCGAGCGGCUUUUGUUCGCUGCUUCGCCAGUCUCGUCUACACAUACCGCCGGCAUAUGUACCCGGCGUCGGGCGAUCAGAAGAAAUCUGGGCUGAUAUACAGGUUCAAGAUGGACGAGUUCCAGAAGAGCCUGCCUCACGAGACUGCGGAAUACAUUAGGGCUCUUCAAGAUACGCAAGCUUUCAACGAGUUCAUCCACGAGCGUGAGAGCAAGCGUUCGGACGAUCCUACUAUCAAGCUUUUCGAUCAGAUCAUUUUGUCCAAGAAGAAUCGUGGUCGCACUUCCUUCUUCCACAAAUCAACAACGGAUUUCCUGUCUGACACGAACGACCAUUUGUGGCGUUCUGCUGCUGCGACACCUCCCAACGCCCGCAUUCCCGGAGAUUAUCGGCAGGUAACCAGCAGAAUUCCUGCGAAAUUGGACUCCACCCUCAUGAAAGAGCCACGAGUCAUCCAGGGCGUUCCGCGAAUGCCCCAAAUGAAAGCACGACGUAAACCGAUUCCGUCUAUGCUUGGGCCAAACUCGCACCCAAAAACGCCACCGUCUUAG